UACAAAAGAUUAUGAGAACCGUCGCUCCCAGGUUUAGAGAGAAAAUCACAGCUCUUGAAAGUUUCCAAAGAGUGGCGUCAUUGGAUGUUCAUGAACUUCUUGGAGAGCUCAGAACUUUUGAAAUCAACAACAAUUAUGGAAAAGUGAAAAGUAUAGGCUUAGCUAUCAAAGUUGCUGUAGUCGAGGAAAGAGAAGAAAAUGAUGAUGAUGAAGGUCCGUCGGCAGAUGAUAGUGAGCUGAAGGAAGCACUAGCUUUACUCGCGCGAAACUAUGGGAAGAUGAGUCAAAGGCUGUACAAGAACAAAUUUGCUGGAAAAAAGGGGAACAGUUUCAGCAAGAAUGUGGUGCAGGACAAGAAAAGUAGUAUGCCACUCUCAAAAUCCGAUUCACAACGAGUCGAGAAGGAUCAAUGCAGGGAGUGUCGAGGCUUUGGACACUUACAGUAUGAGUAUGCUAAUCUUAAGAAGAAAAAUAAGUCACUGAAGGCAACCUGGGAAGAUUCAGAUGAAGAGGGCACAGAUGAACCUUCGUUGCACACAAGCAACCUGGCGGUUCAGACCUUAGUCAAGAAGUUCAUGUGUCUCACCACUUCUCAUGCUCCGACCAAGUUUGAAGGAAGUUUUAAGGAAACUGAAGCAUCUGAGGAUGAAUCAGAUCAAAUUGUGUGUGUAGGUCCAGUUCACUUGCUUGCUAUGGAAAAGUGCGCUCAAGCAUCUGAAGCUCUACAGAAGCUUCAAAAUGAAGUGUUUAGACUUUCGAGAGCAAACAGCGUGCUGAACGGACAAGCAUCCGCCUCCACUGCUACUAAAGAGUGUGAACUGGAUACUGCUAAGGCACGAACUUGCAUCCUAGAGAGCAGUGUCAAACUUGCUAAACAAGACGGACUGGAGAAGGCUCAGACCAUUGAAUGCUUGAGGAACGAACUAUUCUCUACUCAGAAACUUCUUGUCGAGCGGAACCAAAAAAUUGUACUACUGAAAAAUGAAGCUGAUCGGAUGAGGAAUGAACAUGCUAGCAUGGAAAGCAAACUGAAGGCAAACUCUGCUGA